GUGAAGAACAACGGACAGAGCGAAACGGCGUCGCACACUGGGACCUGCGAGCUGUACUACACAUACGUAAAUAGCCAACUCACAGCCUGCAUAGUACAAUAUGGAGCUGUGAGGGUCGUGGACCUACUCUCUCUCGCUCUGCAUAAAAAACACUACAUUGUUUAUUUUCCGCAUUUACGAGUAUUUUCCACCAACAUGGAGACUACAGGCUUCUGGCUGCUACUGGCUGCACACUUUAUCCUUAUCUGCCAACAAGCUGAAGGAUAUGGAUACAGGAAUCAGCGCAAAUUUUCAGAAGACAUUGACUGGUCGUACGCAGGAACAUUAAACCAGAACAACUGGGCCAAGAAGUUUCCAUCCUGCAGCAACGCCAAGCAGUCUCCCAUCAACAUAGAACAGAACCUGGCCCAGGUGAAACUACAGUACCAGAAGUUGAGCUUUGAUGGCUGGGAGAAUCUGACAACUAACAGAACAACAAUCAAGAACGAUGGCAAGACUGUGACCAUCAAUGUGGAUGGUGACUUCUAUGUCAGUGGAGCAGGUCUCAGGUCAAAGGUCAAGGUGGGGUGCAUCACUUUCCACUGGGGGUGCUGCAAUGCUUCUUCAGAGGGGUCAGAACAUAGUCUGAAUGGUGUCAAAUACCCUCUAGAGAUGCAAAUAUACUGUUAUGACCCACUUCGAUUUGAUUCUUUGGAUGAAAGCAUCAAGGCUGGAGGCAGAAUCACAGCACUCGCUGUUCUAUUUGAGAUAAGCACUGAAGACAACAUGAACUACGCUGCUAUAAUAGAAGGCAUCAACAGUGUGAGCAGAUAUGGAAAGAGUGCCAGGGUUUCACCCUUCACCCUGCAAGGUCUUCUGCCAAACUCCACUGAAAAAUACUUUAUCUAUAAUGGCUCUCUGACUACGCCACCUUGCAGCGAGAUUGUUGAGUGGAUCAUCUUCAAGAACACAGUAGCCAUCUCCGAUGACCAGGCGCAGCUUGAUGACACCAUCAACAUGCACUAUCAGGUCUGCAGUUCAGAACCGGAGAACAUCCAGGUGGCACCACACAACCUUAGCAGCCUGCUGGUGACAUGGGAAAGGCCACGGGCAGUGUAUGACUCCAGCAUCGACAAGUACUCAGUCAACUACAGACUAGCUAGUACAGAGAAUGCUGUCUCAUCUGAAUAUCUGACUGACGGAGACCAGGAUGUGGGUGCAAUACUUGAUGACCUCUUGGCCAACACCAGUUAUAUGAUCCAGGUUGUGGCGGUGUGCUCCAACGGUCUGUACGGACGUUCAAGCAACCCAUUGAUGGUUGUCAUGCCCAUUGACAACCCUGAAAAUGCACUGGAUCCAGCUUCUUAUGAAUAUAGUAAUGAGGUCAAGUAUGAUCUAGAUCUUACCUGGGAUGAAAUAGGACAAACUAAGGACCACGAUCUGGAUUGGAGUGCAACAAACUUGCAGAGGACAACAACUUCUGAAUCACCUUUUUUGCUUUUGCCUACUAUUAGAACUACAACAGUAGAGUCGGGUCACAGGAAAGUUACCAAGGAUCCACUUCCUCCUCUUAGAGCCACUCAAUCUGGUCAAGUGUUGAGCAAUUCUGAAGAGAUGCAACAACAUAGUACCUCCAUGUGGUCACCAGAAAUGACCCUGCCACCAGAAACAAAGGGAAGAGCUAACUUCAAUGCCAAUGCUCUGUUUAAUUUAACCAAAACAACCAAAGAAAACUCACUUUAUACCACCACUGCUCCUUUACACCGCACGAUAAAAAUAGAUGGUGUUCAUGGAGGCAUUACCCUAAACGGAAAAGGCAAAAUAAAGGGAGGUAUAAGUACCACUGCUCCCACAGUCACCACUUCAAAGGCUGAUUACAUUAAUAGAGGAUUAAGUCAACAAGAUUAUUCUGGAAAAGUAACUACCACUACUCCUACAAUUACCAGUGCAAAGACCAAAGAAGGUAAUGUUUCUCAAUCAGGCAACACUGCAACCAAUGUCAUGUCUCAUAUAAGUAAUGUGAGCAGCACAACGUCGUCUUCUACAUCCUUCAUCCAAACCAAGACUGAUCCACGUUUGGCACACCCAACAAACAAAGACAACACCACUGAUAGAAGUCUUUCUACUAAGCCCAGAGGUAUUCCAGAGAUCCAGACAGAAAGCUCAACUUCCAAACCUUCCUCUUCACCUACCAAAACAUCUGUCCAAUUAAGCCGCAUUCUCGUGCAGACCACAAAGCCACUGUCCAAUGCCACAGCAUCUGCCAGCAUGGAAUCCUGGUUCUCUGUAUCAUCUGUGCUAACUCCUUCACCCACAGCCUCCCCCACCACUCUCGCUUCAGAGGGACAGGUGAUAGACACCAGUACCAGUGCAUCUGGCUCAGGCCUGUUCCCCGACUCCCAGGAGGGCAUAGAUCAGGAGUGGGACAUGGUUCAAACUUCAACCUCUGGGGAGAGCAUGCUCCCUUACUCGAUGAACGUUAUUAGCAGUGCUUCCCCAUCUAGCUCCUCAGAGGCUGGCCAGAACCCAGACGAUCUGGAUGAACACUCCUCAGCAUUUUAUUUUGAAAGUGAGAGUAGCAAUGCAUUGAGCUUCGAGGUAGGAGACACGACAACGGAAGCAGUAACCUCUGCUUCACAUUGGUCGCUAGGUAGGGAGGAGGGGAGCAGCUCAGGGCAGAGUGAAAGCCUCUACGACAACGAGACAUCUUCUGACUUCAGUAUCUCUGAGCACACAGAAAGGGAGUUGACAGAAGAGGAGCCAGUAGCAGAUGCUAGUAACAGCAGCCACGAGUCGAGAGUUGGUUCAAUCAGGGAACAAGAGAGGAAGGCUGUGGUUCCUUUGGCUGUCAUCUCCACCCUCACCGUCCUCGGCCUGAUUGCUCUCAUCUGUGUUCUCGUCUACUGGCGGUAG